UGGUUUCACGUGAAUUGGUGGGUGUGAAGUAUCGGGCACUGAGUUCUGGAGAAUGGAGAAGAUACCCAUGACGCACUUUACUCGUUUAUCCAACUUUUUUCUCUUCUUGCCCUCUACUUUACUCUUUCCACACACUGGCUUGCGCCCUCCUUUUGACUUGUAUUCCUCUUCGUACGCCAUCGAGAUUUCGAUACUUGAUUUGUGUUUUUCCGGAAUCUCUUACCUUUUCGUGGGCAAGAACGUUUCCCGUCUCUUUUUGUCAUCUUUAAAUUGCGGGUUCUUGAUUUCUCCGUGUUUCGAUAGUCCGUCAGCUUGUGUUCGUUUUCGGGUUUGAUAAUGGAUGGUGAUUCCUUUGGACCCAUACAGAUAUGCCUUGGAUGUCAAUGUGGAGCGGGCGGCAGAUGUGCUUCUGCACAAGAGGUUGCUGCAUUUGGCUCACGACCCGGCUAAUAGACCGGCCAUCGAAGUUCGCCUGGUACAGGUUCUUCCUGCACCUGAGGUGCAUUCAAAUGAUUCCAUCCAUUCAGGUCGUUCCUCAAAUGAAGACGUUACUACCCUUGCUUCAGUUAAUCAUUCCAGUAGACAAAGCAUUCAUCCACCACCUGCCUUUGGGUCAUCACCAAACCUCGAAGCUCUUGCACUUGAAGCUAGUAAAUCCCUUGCUAAAGAUGGCGAUAAUUCUGUUCAUGCUAAUGCACAGUACUCUCGGCCCAUGCAUGAAAUCACCUUUUCAACUGAUGACAAGCCAAAGCUUCUUAGUCAGCUGACAUCCUUACUUGCUGAUAUUGGACUGAACAUCCAAGAAGCACAUGCCUUUUCCACAGUGGAUGGUUAUUCAUUAGAUGUCUUUGUAGUUGAGGGUUGGCCAUAUGAGGAGACAGAGCAUCUAAAGACUGCAUUGGAAGAGGAAGUUUUAAAGAUUGAGAAACAUUCUUGGCCAGAACAUUGUCCUCCCAAAGAUGAGCUUCCGCAGAAGGCCAUCAAAUUGGAACCUGAUCAUGUUUCUAUACCAAGCGAUGGAACUGAUGUUUGGGAACUGGAUCCAAGAUGUCUCAAGUUUGAAACCAAAAUUGCAUCCGGUUCAUAUGGUGACCUUUACAAAGGUACAUACUGCAGUCAGGAAGUGGCUAUCAAGGUUCUGAAGCCUGAACGUGUAAAUUCAGACAUGCAAAAGGAGUUCGCACAAGAAGUUUUUAUUCUGAGGAAAGUGCGGCACAAGAAUGUUGUGCAAUUUAUUGGUGCAUGCACAAAAUCUCCGAACUUGUACAUUGUGACAGAAUUUAUGUCUGGUGGAAGUGUAUAUGAUUAUCUUCAUAAGCAGAAAGGCGUUUUCAAGCUUCCCACCUUGUUGAAAGUAGCAAUUGAUGUCUCCAAGGGAAUGAAUUACUUGCAUCAAAAUAAUAUCGUUCAUCGGGAUUUGAAGGGUGCCAAUCUAUUGAUGGAUGAAAAUGAAGUUGUUAAGGUUGCUGAUUUUGGGGUUGCCAGGGUGAAAGCACAAUCUGGAGUCAUGACUGCAGAAACUGGAACAUACAGAUGGAUGGCUCCUGAGGUAAUAGAACACAAGCCUUAUGAUCAUAAAGCUGACAUAUUCAGCUUUGGAGUGGUCUUGUGGGAGUUACUAACAGGGAAGCUUCCAUACGAUCACUUGACCCCAUUGCAAGCAGCCGUUGGAGUGGUUCAGAAGGGUCUGCGGCCUGCAAUUCCAAACGACACCCAUCCAAAGCUUGUGGAGUUACUGGUUAAAUGCUGGGAGCAAGAUCCAGCUUCAAGGCCCGACUUUUCUGAAAUAAUAACUAUCUUGCAGAAAUUUGCAAAGGAGGUUGGAGAUGAUGGAGAGGAUCGGCGGAGGGAGAAAUCGGGGGGAUUCCUGUCUGUGCUCAGGCGAGGGCAUCAUUGAAGGGUGCAAGGGAGAUAGAAUUAUAUUUUAAUCAUCGGCUUUGUACAGUAUGGGUCCACAUGAUGAUAUAUUAUCUUUCCAUAAUCUCUUACUAUUUUUUUUUCCCUUCUCAAUUUUUGACGAGUUAAUCCAUAAUGCAGUAUUAAUCCUAGCAUCGUCUAAGAAAGGAAGCGACAUUGGAUUGAGUGUAGCUAAAGGAUUUUUUUUUUUUUGUUUCA